AUGGAAGCGCUAGAAUUUAGGAGACAGUACGGUUCGGACUUGUGCUACGCAAUGGAAUCGACGACACGUCCCGAAGAAAAGGAGAUCAGUGAAAUCCUUUCCGAGAGAAUAUUUGACCCUUCUUUGAUGAAAAAAAAGAAGAAGAAGAAGACUCCUUUUGAUUUGGAUAUGGCCGGAGAGGAGGGUGUUGAUGAGACCCCUUCGGCGGAAAACGAUGCGGCCGAGGCUGGAACCGCAGGCGAUACCGACGAUCUGGACAUCGAAAGCUUGAAUAAAAAGAAAAAGAAGAAGAAGAAGCUGCCGUUCAAUUUGGACGACCUGGAUAAGGCGUUGGGAGAAACGGGUGGAGAAGGCGGCGAGAAGGAAGGCAAGGAAGGUCGAUCGGCACCUGGUGAUGAUGGAGAUGGAUUCGGAGGAGACGAUGGGCUGGACGAUGACAUAAAGAUCGAUUUCAGCAUGAAGAAGAAAAGGAAGAAGAAGAAGGACUUGACCGAAUUGAUGGAAACCGAAGAUGUGAACAAGGAGGAAGAAAAGGAGAAUGUCGACGAGCACUGCACAUCCUGGGCCGGUUCCGAUCGGGACUACACCUACGAUGAGUUGCUGAAUCGCGUCUUUGAGAUCAUCCUGGACAAAAAUCCGGACAUGGCCGCAGGACGGAAACCGAAGUUUGUGAUGCGACCGCCCCAGGUGCUUCGUGUUGGUACCAAGAAGACCUCGUUCGCCAACUUUGCCGAAAUUUGCAGAACUCUGCACAGACAGCACAAGCAUUUGCUCGACUUUCUGUUGGCUGAAUUGGGUACGAGCGGAUCGGUGGACGGCAACAUGCAGCUUAUCAUCAAGGGCCGCUUCCAGCCGAAGCAGAUCGAGAACGUGCUUCGACGAUACAUCAAAGAAUAUGUCACCUGUCAUACCUGCCGCUCACCCGAAACUCUUCUUCAGAAGGACACUCGGUUGUUUUUCCUGCAGUGUGAAUCGUGCGGGUCGCGCUGUUCGGUCGCUAGUAUCAAAUCUGGUUUCCAGGCCGUCACCAGCAAACGUGCCGCAAUUCGUGCAAAAACGGCCUAGGGUGAUUAGAUUUUUUAAUUAUUGUUUACGAAUUCCGUUAGUGCGUGUACAAGUUGAACGGAACCGCUAGACGGUUUUAAAUUGACAUGCUUGAUUUGGACGCCCGCAUUCACAUUUCAUAAAUUACUCAAUCAAAAAAAUAUAUAUAAAAAUUAAACAAGUACGCAGUAAUGUUUGUAUGUCUAUACUGAUAGUUCGCCGAAUAUAUCUUGAGUUUUUCCACGCUAGUUAUGGUUAGAAUUGAAGGUGACCAGAAGUAUGUUAGAAACGAAAAUUUUUCAAUUUUAUACAUUUUUCAAGACCCAUGUAAUAAAAUAUCUCACAAUAUUCUGAAUUACAUCAAA